UAGUGCAGUUCUUCCAGCUGCCCGCAGCAGGAAAAAAACAAUCUUCCCUAUUUUCUUUCCUUCCCUUUCUCUCUCUACAUUUCUCUCUCAUCACCCACAGACUUAUCUCACGCGCCGCCACCCACCGGCGGCCUCUGCCACCCUCCGUCGGAUCUCCGACUAUUUAUCCCUCCACUCCCUUCCCUCUCCUCCCUACCAAAUAAACGAAAAAAGCAACAAAAAAAAAAGACUGAGUUUUUCCUUUUCCUCAGCGGUUUUUUAUCGAGCAGUUGGAGAGCGUUUAGUAGUUAGUGUCUUUGUUGGCUUAUUUUAUCUUCCUCGGAUUUUCUGGUGCUGAAAUAACAAAGAGGAGAGGGAAGAUUAUCGGAAAACUAAAGAAAAAAUUCAAAAAUUUUGAAAAGAAAAAAAAAUUUAGGCUUUUCUGUUGAAGAUGGCGCAAGUUCAGGUCCAGACUCAGAAUGCGAACGCAGCAGCGGCGGCUGCGGCUGCGGCGAACGGUGGUGCGGCCAACCAGUUCGUGACGACGUCGCUUUAUGUUGGGGAUCUUGACCAGAACUUUACAGAUUCGCAGCUCUACGACCUGUUUAACCAGCUGGGUCAGGUGGUUUCGGUUAGGGUUUGCAGGGACUUGUCCACCCGGAGGUCGCUUGGCUAUGGGUAUGUCAAUUAUAGCAACCCACAAGAUGCUGCUAGGGCAUUGGAUGUUUUGAACUUCAGUCCUGUGAAUGGAAGGCCCAUUAGGAUUAUGUAUUCUCAUCGUGAUCCUAGUAUCCGCAAAAGCGGGGCUGGAAACAUAUUUAUUAAGAAUUUGGACAAAGCUAUUGAUCACAAAGCCUUGCAUGAUACCUUUUCUGCAUUUGGAAACAUCCUUUCUUGCAAGGUGGCUACAGACCCCUCCGGCCAGUCAAAAGGCUAUGGCUUUGUACAAUUCGACAAUGAUGAAGCUGCCCAAAAAGCUAUAGAGAAGUUAAAUGGUAUGCUUUUAAAUGAUAAGCAAGUUUAUGUAGGGCCUUUCCUCCGCAAGCAGGAAAGGGACGGUGUUUCUGACAAGUCAAGAUUCAACAAUGUUUUUGUAAAGAAUCUAUCAGAAUCAACUACUGAGGAAGACUUGGACAAAAUUUUUGCUAAAUUUGGAAAAAUCACUAGCGUAGUGGUGAUGCGGGAUGCAGAUGGAAAAUCGAAGUGCUUUGGGUUUGUCAAUUUUGAAAACACUGAUGAUGCUGCUAGAGCUGUUGAGGAUCUAAAUGGAAAGAAAUUUGAUGACAAGGAGUGGUAUGUUGGGAAGGCCCAGAAGAAAUCUGAAAGGGAAAAUGAAUUGAAACAACGAUUUGAACAGAGCAUGAAAGAGGCAGCAGACAAGUAUCAAGGGGCAAACUUGUAUGUUAAAAAUUUAGAUGAUACCAUAGGUGAUGAGAAACUUAAGGAACUGUUCGCUCCAUUUGGUACUAUUACCUCAUGCAAGGUCAUGCGAGACCCUAGUGGAAUAAGUAGGGGAUCAGGUUUUGUUGCAUUCUCAACUCCUGAAGAGGCAAAUAGAGCUCUCUUGGAAAUGAACGGCAAAAUGAUUGUAAGCAAACCUCUCUAUGUUGCACUUGCACAACGAAAAGAAGAUAGAAGAGCAAGGUUGCAGGCCCAGUUUUCUCAAAUGCGGCCAGUUGCAAUGGCACCUUCAGUUGCUCCUCGUAUGCCAAUGUACCCUCCUGGUGGUCCGGGUCUUGGACAACAAAUAUUCUAUGGUCAAGGUCCACCUGCUAUCAUUCCUUCCCAGCCUGGAUUUGGGUAUCAGCAGCAGCUUGUUCCUGGUAUGAGGCCUGGUGGGGCUCCCAUGCCAAAUUUCUUUGUGCCAAUGGUUCAGCAGGGGCAGCAAGGGCAGCGCCCUGGUGGCAGACGUGGAGGCUCUGUUCAGCAAAACCAGCAACCAGUUCCGAUAAUGCAACAGCAGAUGCUUCCAAGGGGGCGUGUCUACCGUUACCCAUCUGGUCGCGGUUUACCUGAUGUUCCCAUGCCUGGUGUUGCUGGAGGCAUGUUUUCUGUUCCAUAUGACAUGGGUGGCAUGCCAAUGCGUGAUGCAGCACUGUCUCAACCAAUUCCAAUAGGGGCUUUGGCUACUGCUCUUGCAAAUGCUACACCGGAGCAGCAAAGAACGAUGCUGGGUGAGAAUCUUUACCCACUCGUGGAACAGCUGGAACCUGAGAAUGCAGCCAAGGUUACAGGCAUGCUUCUGGAGAUGGAUCAGACAGAGGUUCUGCAUUUGCUGGAGUCACCUGAAGCUCUGAAAGCAAAGGUAGCUGAGGCUAUGGAAGUUCUGAGGAAUGUUGCUCAGCAGCAGCAAGCUGGCAAUGCAGCUGAUCAACUUGCCUCAUUGUCACUCAAUGAAAACCUGGUGUCUUGAGAGUUUUUUCUUUCGCAUGAUGGAUUGAGACUCAAGUAGGUGUGUGGUUUUGAUAGUGUUUGAGAGGAGUUUCUUGCGUAGGUACUAGAAACUGGUUUUUGUCUGUUCCAUGAGCUUUUGGAGUUUAUGUUGAGAUUGUGACGUUUAUGCAUAAAUAUUUCUAUGCACAUCUGUUGCUUUCCUUA